AUGGCAAACCGAGCUCGCGCUCCCUUCCAGCUCAUUGCCACCCUCUUCGUGGCACUCCUCGCGACUUGCCACGCCGGCAGCAUCGCCGUGUACUGGGGUCAGAACGACGGCGAGGCGUCGCUGGCCGAGACGUGCGCGUCUGGGAACUACAAGUUUGUUAUCGUGGCCUUCCUCCGCAAGUUCGGCAAGGGGCAGAACCCGCAGCUGGAUCUUGCAAGCCAUUGCCACCCCUCGUCGGGUGGCUGCAGAGGGCAGAGCAAAGACAUCAAUGCAUGCCAGCGCCGCGGCGUCAAGGUCCUGCUAUCUAUCGGAGGGGGCGAUGGACGCUACGGCCUCUCGUCCCCCGGUGACGCUAGUCAGGUUGCCAUGUACCUGUGGAACAACUACCUGGGUGGCACGUCCUCAUCCCGCCCCCUAGGCGACAUCGUACUCGACGGCAUAGACUUUGACAUCGAGCUCGGCGGCGCCAAGUUCUGGAACAACCUUGCCAUGGACCUGAAGAACUUGGGCAAGAAGGGCGGCAAGGCGGUCCUGUUGAGCGCGGCGCCACAGUGCCCAUUCCCCGACGAGUGGGACGGCAAUGCAAUCAACACGGGGCUGUUCGACUACGUGUGGGUGCAGUUCUACAAUAACAAAGAUUGUCAGUUCAGCGCGGGGCGUGAGGCAUUCAUGAACGCGUGGAAGAAGUGGGAGUCGGUGCCUGCAGGGAAGAUUUUUCUGGGGCUCCCAGCCAGCUCCAAGGGCGCGGCGGACACAGGAUUCAUCCCUGCCGGUGACCUGACGGCGAGUGUUCUGCCACUUAUUAAGGGCUCGCCCAAAUACGGUGGCGUCAUGCUGUGGUCUAAGUUCUAUGAUGAUCGCAGCGGAUACAGCUCCGCCAUAAAGAGCUAUGUGUGA